UUAACAACUAACAACCUCUAAUCUCUCUUAUACCCAAUUUAUCUACAGAUAUAUUACCUCGUAGAGCAUGUCACUCAAAUUACCACAAGCCCCGAAUGCGGGCCUUUUUAAACAGGGGUACCAGUCUCAUUCGAACGCCGAUGGUGCGCUCAUCCGUAACAUUCAAGCAGUCCGUGAGAUCUCAUCCAUAUUGCUCACAUCUAUGGGUCCCUCUGGUAGAAAUAAGAUCAUUGUCAAUAGAUUGGGGAAGAUCUUCAUCACCAACGACGCAGCCACCAUGCUCAACGAGAUCGAGGUUGUCCACCCAGCAGUCAAGCUUUUGAUCAUGGCAUCUCAACAACAACAAAUGGAAAUGGGAGACAAUUCUAAUUUAGUAAUUGUUCUUGCUGGAGAGUUCUUAAAUGGAGCUGAGAAGUUGGUUACCUUAGGAUUGAGCCCCACUGAAAUCAUCCAAGGUUACACCUUGGCUAACAAGUAUGUGAUGGAAGCCUUGGAUAACUUGGCUGUGGAUAAGGUUCGUUCUGUGACUGAACCUUCAGAACUUCUCAAGGCCAUUAAGCCUGUUGUCGGUGCCAAGCAAUAUGGAUUUGAAGAUUUGAUUUCUCGUUUGGUUAUAGAGGCUGUUUCUAGUGUCAUGAAUCCAAAGCAACCAAUGGCUUUCAACAUUGACUCUGUUAGAGUUGUUAAGGUUAUGGGAUCUUCCUUGAGUGAAUCCACCGUGAUCAAGGGGAUGGUUUUCCCCCGUGAACCAGAAGGACACAUCAAGAAUAUCACUGAACGUUCUAAAGUGGCCAUUUAUACCUGUCCUAUUGAUAUCUCCACCACUGAAACCAAGGGAACUGUAUUGUUACAUAAUGCCAAGGAAAUCUUGGACUUCUCCAAGGGUGAAGAACAACAAUUGGAUCAAAUGUGUAAAGAAAUUUCGGAUUCAGGGGUUAAGGUUGUCAUUGCAGGUGCCAACGUUGGUGAAUUAUCUCUUCAUUACUUCAACAAGUAUGGUAUAUUAGUCUUGAGAGUGCCAUCUAAAUUCGAUUUAAGAAGAAUUUGUCGUGUUUGUGGAGCCACUCCAUUGCCAAGAUUGGGUGCACCAAUGCCUGAAGAAAUGGGUUCCGUUGAUGUGAUUGAAACCAAGGAAAUUGGAGGUGAUAGAGUCACUGUUUUCAGACAAGAUGACUCUUCCACCUCGAGAACCGCCACCGUAUUGAUCCGUGGUGCCACACAAAACCAUUUGGAUGACAUCGAAAGAGCCAUCGAUGAUGGUGUCAACUCGGUCAAGGCCUUGCUUCAAGACAACAGACUUCUUCCUGGUGCCGGUGCAGUGGAAGCUGAAUUGAUGAAGUUGAUCACACAAUAUGGGGAAAAGACUCCUGGUUUGUUACAAUUAGCCAUCAAGCAAUACGCCAAUGCAUUCGAAGUCAUUCCAAGAGCCCUUGCUGAAACCGCUGGGUUGGACGCACAAGAAGCCUUGAGUAAGUUGUACGCUGCUCAUUCCGUGGAUAAGACUGACGAAGAACAACAACAAGGCUUGGUACAAGGUCUUGACAUUGACGGUGAAUCAGAAACCGGAUUGGUUGACACCGUAGAAGUGGGUAUCUUGGACUUGUUGGCAGCCAAGAAGUCUGCCAUUAACUUGGCCACCGAUGCCACCAACACCGUUUUGUCUGUUGACCAAAUCAUUAUGGCAAAGAGAGCUGGUGGUCCACAAAUGCCAAAGCAGCCAAGACCAGGUAACUGGGACCAAGCUGAUUAGUUUAUAGGGGUACAUAGAUAUACAAGAGAAUACAAA